CCCACAAAAUAUGACGCCUUAAAUGUAAGACGAAGAAGGACACGCAAAGCUGCAGACUCUGAUAACGUGAUUGAUAUAGAUGCUGAGGGUAUCCCACCAGGAUGUAUGCUGUGUACAGACAAGCCCACACGCCCACUGCGGUGGAGUUUUCUGUCUACUGCAACUUCAUAUCCAGCAAGGAGAAGAACUUGGUUGUCGCUGGGACGUCUCAGCUGUACGUCUACAGAAUUAUCCACGAUGUGGAGAGUACGUCAAAGGUUGACAAGUCUUCAGAUACCAAAUCCCGUAAGGAGAAGCUGGAGCAAGUGGCAUCCUUUUCUCUUUUUGGCAAUGUUAUGUCCAUGGCCAGUGUACAGCUUGUGGGAGCCAGCAGAGAUGCACUCCUUCUCAGUUUCAAAGACGCCAAGUUAUCUGUAGUGGAGUACGACCCGGGGACACACGACCUGAAGACGCUGUCUCUUCAUUUCUUUGAGGAGCCAGAGCUUAGAGAUGGUUUUGUGCAGAAUGUACAUAUUCCCAUUGUGCGUGUUGAUCCAGAGAAUCGCUGCGCUGUAAUGCUCGUUUAUGGCACCCAGCUUGUGGUGUUGCCGUUCAGGAAGGAUACUCUCACUGAUGAACAGGAGGGUGGAGUCGGAGAAGGGCCUAAAUCCAGCUUCCUGCCCAGCUACAUCAUUGAUGUCCGUGAGCUGGACGAGAAGCUGCUCAACAUAAUAGACAUGAAGUUCCUCCAUGGCUACUACGAGCCAACGUUGCUCAUCCUGUUUGAGCCCAACCAGACGUGGCCGGGGCGUGUGGCUGUGCGUCAGGACACUUGCAGUAUAGUUGCCAUCUCCCUCAACAUAAUGCAGAAGGUUCAUCCUGUCAUCUGGUCUCUCAGUAAUCUGCCUUUUGACUGUACGCAAGUCAUGCCUGUCCCAAAGCCGAUCGGUGGCGUUGUGGUAUUUGCUGUGAAUUCAUUGCUGUAUCUCAACCAGAGUGUUCCACCAUACGGAGUUUCUCUUAAUUCUCAGACAACUGGGACCACAGCGUUCCCUCUACGUAUACAGGAUGAAGUGAAGAUCACACUGGAUUGUUCCCAGUCUGACUUCAUCGCCUAUGACAAAAUGGUCAUCUCUUUGAAAGGAGGAGAAAUUUAUGUGUUGACCCUCAUUACUGACGGCAUGAGGAGUGUCCGGGCGUUCCACUUUGACAAAGCUGCUGCCAGCGUCCUGACAACUUGUAUGGUGACCAUGGAACCCGGUUAUCUUUUCCUGGGUUCCCGCCUCGGAAAUUCGCUGCUCUUGAAGUACACCGAGAAGCUUCAGGAGACGCCGUCAGAGGAGGGAAAAGAAACGCUGGACAAAGAAAAAGAUAAAGAGAAACCGGAGGAACCACCAAGCAAAAAGAAACGCAUGGAAUCUUCCACCAACUGGACAG